CUGAUCGCUGCAGUUACUAAAUCAAAGGAGUUAGAGCCUUUUAUUUGCUUGGAUAAAUUCUUUUUGACGUCUCUUAGUAAAAUAACCAUAUCAUUUUUGUAAAAGGAAGGUUUAUUAUAACAGAGUCAAUGAAGCAUUAAUUUGUUUGUAUUCACAACUAAGCUGAAAGCGAAAUCUCGCUGCGUUUGAGCCGGUGCUUGUGUUGGGAUUUUGUAAGUUGUUUUGCGCCUUAGCGGAGAGGUGGUGUUUGCAAACGGCUGUGUUGACGCAUUAUAACUGUCUUCAGUAUGAUGAUGGUUACGAACUAGAGCCACAAAAUAACAUAUCCUGUACGAUCCCCUAAAUUUUUCUAUAAAACUGACUGAAAAUUUCGUUCGUUGACCUCUUCUCGAAAUUUAUCUUUUAGAACAGUUUUUUGUGUGCGUACAAGUUUCCAGUAUGAAUGAAUUUGUGACAGUCAAAACGUCUGCAGGUAUAUUAAGAGGAAAAUCGGCGAAAACUUCAUCGGGGAUCAUGUAUUAUAGCUUCCAAGGAAUUCCUUAUGCGAAACCCCCCGUAGGACCGCUGCGUUUCAAGCCACCACAGCCUUUGAGUCAAUGGGAUGGAAUUAAGGAUGCACUGGAAGAAGGAAACAUUUGUUCACAAAUAAAUAUGAAGGGCCAGUACAAAGGAAGUGAAGAUUGCCUGUAUCUGAAUGUGUAUUCUCCAAAGAGUACAUCAAAUGGUAAUGGUUCAAAGGCAGUGAUGGUAUGGAUUCAUGGAGGUGGAUUUACAAUGGGAUCGGGAAACUCUGAUCGUUUUGGACCAGAGUUCUUACUUGAAAAAGAUGUUGUGGUUGUCACAAUCAACUUCAGAUUGGGAGCACUGGGUUUCCUUAGUACACAAGAUUCCAUCAUACCUGGUAACUUAGGUUUGAGGGACCAAAUUGCUGCUCUGCAGUGGAUUAAAAGGAACAUUAAUUACUUCAGUGGUAAUCCAGACAAUGUUACAGUAUUUGGUGAAAGCUCUGGAGGAGCUUCUGUUCAUUACCUUAUAUUGUCACCACUGGCAAAAGGUGAUACCACACUAGAUGACUUGUGCGUUGGUGGUGAUGAAAUGGUGAUGAGGACAACACAACACCCAGUUCACAAGUGGAGAAAAUCUCUAACCCGGCCGGAAUCAAAACUGGGUCCACUGCAUGAUUUGUUCCAGCGUGCUAUUGCACAAAGUGGCACAGCAUUAAUUCCUGGAUCAUUCAGCAGAUUUUCAAAAGAGAGAACUUUCCGUUUGGGAGAAGUUCUGGGCUGCAAAACUAAUGACUCACAAGUUCUUUUGAAUUUUUUCCUGGGACUCCCUGUGAAGAAACUGAUAGAAGCUCAAAAUAUGGCUUUGUCUGAUGAGGAGAAACGGAGAGAUGUACUUUUCCCAUUUGUCCCAUGUGUGGAACCAAAGAUUGCUGGUUACAAUGCAGUACUUCCUGAUGAACCAAAGAUCUUGAUAAAAAGGUGUUCAUUUUCUGAAGUUCCUUUCAUUGUUGGUCUGAAUUCACAUGAGGGAAUAGCCUUUGCUAAAGAUGUUAUUCAGAAUGUGAAAGUAAGGGAAGAAAUUGAAAAUGACUUCAAAAGGUUGAUACCGCUGGAUAUGAAUAUUGAUAAUAGUAGCGAUUUAGCACAUGAAGUUGCCAAAGAAAUCAAAACUUUUUAUUUUGGAGAACAUUCAUUGUGUGAAGAAACUAUUGAACAGUUUGUGAAUCUAAAAACUGAUUUGCGUUAUGCAUAUGCUGCACAUGAGACAGUGAGACUUCAUUCGUUCCACAGCUCAGCUCAUGUGUUUUACUACCUAUUUUGUUAUGAAGGUGACCUGAACAGUGUAAAGAAGCAAAUGAGAGCAGAACAUUUACCAGGUGCGACUCAUGGAGAUGAACUGAAUUACCUGUUCAGUAAGUCUUCAAAUGGCAGAGAUAUUCAAGCAAAAGAUCAGAAGAUUAUAUCAGAAAUGACAUGCAUGUGGACCAAUUUUGCAAAAACAGGGAAUCCAACGCCCAACAAGAGUGAGCAAGAACCAGUAUUGUGGCCACGGUACUCACAUGAAGAUCAGAGUUACAUUUGCAUAGAUUCUGAGCUGUCAGUAAAACAUGGACUAUUUAGUGAACGUAUGGAAUUUUGGACUCAGCUAUACAAAAAGUACUGUCACACAUUAACGUAAUAAAUAAUAUAGUUGAUUAUGCUAAUAUACAAAGAUACCUGUAUACUCAAUAAAUAAAAUGAAUAGCUGGGUUCAUUGCCUAUCUGUGACUCAGCAUCUCCACUA